AUGGGUAUCCAUAGUAGUCAUAGAGUUAGAAUAAUAAGUGUGGUUUCAUUUCUUUUAUUGGGUUUGGUAAUUGGUACAUGCGCCUCUAGAGCAUUCUUUGAUAGUACUAUAAGUACUAGUGGUGCAAGAAAAGAUGGAAGCAGUGCUGGUGAUCAUGGCACACGCCAAACUGAAGUCGGUGAAGGAGGUAGUACUGGAGGACAAGCUGGUGGUGGUGGUACUGGAGACAAGCUAGCUAGUGGUGGUACUGGAGGAAGACAUGGCGGUGGACGCGGCGGCAGUAGUACUGCUAAAGAUGAAUAUCAAAGUAACUAUAGAGGUGGUGGCAUUCAGUAG